AUGUUAUCAGUUGAAUCAUAAAGACAUCUAAUCUCAAACGAAAGUAGAUUUUAGCGCACUACUGCUGAAGAUACUAAAGCUAAUAUACUUAAGAGAAUUUAAGAGACUGACAUGCUUUUCGAAGAUGAUACAGAUUACAAGAAAGCAGUUGCAGCUUUCAGAGGUUCAAGAUAUCAUAAAAAGGCAUUUACAAUCGAUACACAAACCGAGCUUUAAAAACAAGUAGAUGAGAUGUCAAUGUCAAUGCUUAGUACUCACACAGUCCCUUCUGAUUGGGACUAUUUAACAGUUCCAAAACAUUUUUAAAUUGAGGCUAUAGCUAAACCUAAAACUAAAUUGAAAGAAGAUUAUUACGAGAUUCCCAAGUCAAUGAAAUAUCAUAUCAGUCGAAGAUUUAUUGCAUUUGGUAUAAUUAUUUCUUCAGCUACUCUGUUAUUCACUCUCUUAUCUGUACUACUCUUUAAAUGGGAAGCCUAUUCAGCUGCCUUUGUUUUAGGCCUUGAUGUGAUAUUCACAGGAGCAUUCGUUAUAUACUUAUUUAGAGAAAAAACAUACUUCAAAAACCUUAGAAAAAAACAAGAGAUAGAGUGUGAGCAAGAAUAUUAAAAAGAUGUUCAGCUAAUUUCCCAAGAAAGACAAGAUUAUGAAGAGAGAAAGAAGAUGGAAUACCUUUAUAUUGACUUUGUUAAUCAAAUAAGAUAACUAAGCAGAGAAAUUUUCACUACUCUUGACCCUGAAUUAGACAUUGCUAAGUGCUACCAGCUGCUUGAGGAGUUAAGAGAUACACUAUUUACUGAUAAAGAGUUUUGUGAUAGAUUCAUUAAUGAGGAAGUUAGGAAUAUAGACUCUUAUCAAUAAGGAUCAUAGAUUAAAAAACUAGUGGAACUCUUUAGUUCUUUAAUAGCUAUAAAUUGGAUGGCUCUCAAGUAAUAGAGUAUUGUAAUGAAUGAAGCAGGUGAGACUGAUGAUUAGAAAGAAGAGAAACAAAAACUAGAAUAAAUUUCAAUGAAAGUGAAAUCAAUAACUGAAAAUAAAUAAGUUAUUAAAAGAAUCACUGAACUUCUCAAUUAAAUUGAAAAUGACGAAGAAAGCAAAAGAUUUGAUUAUGAAUCAGACUAAGUAAAUGAUGUCUUAAAUGGUAUUGAGAAUGAUGUUACUGUAGAUGAUGACAUCAGGAGAUUAGCAGUAUUGUAAGAAAUUUACAGAAGACUCCAAGUAAACUUUUAAUUAAGACAUUAAAAGCAAAAUGUUGAAGUUAGAAAUGAUGGAGGUGAUACAAGAAGACACUUAAUUGCACCUUAGAUUUUUGUACUUGACUUAGAUCAUAGAAUAUAUGAAGAUCACGUUAAUUACUCUCCUAUAAAGCAACUUUUAACAAAGGAUUUCUUGAUCAAACCUUAUGGUGAGACAAAGGAGAAUUUACAAAGAUACCAGUCUGAUCAUUCGAUUUAAAAUUUAGAAGAUAUAUAAAUCGAAGAGAGAGAUCUUGAUUUUGAUCAGUUUUAGCAAUUCCUGAAUUUAAAAGAUGAUUUUUGGGAAAUAGGGUUCAAGAACGACUACAUUAAGGUAUUUAAGUAAAAGGAACUUAGAAAAGAUGAAAUGAUAAUCAAAUGUGUAGCGUUGUUGCCAAAUAUUCCUAAAAAUGUUCCUUUUGAAGCCCUAUCGGAUAUAAACAUCAGAAAAAAAUGGGAUGAAGUUCUCUGGAAUCUGACAAUAAUCGACGAAGAUUUAGCAAAAGGAACGACAUUAUUCUACUAUAAUAUCAGAGCUCCUAGUUAUAUGUAAUCAAGAGAGCUAAUUGUUUAGUCAAAGGUGUAAUUUGAUUUCCCUUAAAGCGGCAGCUAUGGAUUACACCAUAAAACUAUCGAGCAUUCUGAAUAUCCACCAGACAAAAGAUACGUUAGAGUAAAUCAAAAGAUUAAUGCAUUCGUCUUUGAGGAUUGCCCAGAGUAUAAUGGCACCAAGAUUACGUGGAUCGCCUGCCAAGAAAUAAAAGGAAAUACUCCUCUUACACUACUACACUAAAGAGCAAUAAGAAAUCCAAAGAUUAUGAUUGAUACAUUGAUAAAGGCUUGUCAUAAAAUCUAAAAUGGUGACCUAUGA